GAGGAACUAAAAUACUAGCCUACCAUAACUGUGACUUUUGAUCCUGAACAUUUUCAUCGAGAGGAGAAAGCAUCUUUUUGCGAGCGUCUGCAAUUAUUUAUGUUUUUGUAAUACAAGUAUUUUCGUGAACAGGCAAAUUAGGGGGGUAAAAACCAUUACCCAAGCGUCCUACGCUGUUCCACAGAGCUCGUGCGAGUGCGUGCGCGCGUGUGUGUGUUACGUCGCCGAGCACAGAUCGCGAGGCUGUUGUUCAGGCGACCAGCGUGUGGAAUUAAAGAUUUUUUUAUUCAACGGAAAACACAGCAGUAACUGACGCGUCCUAGAGACGUUAACGCAAACUAAAAAAAGUAUUUUUCUUACUUUUUGACGUUUAUCUUAACCAUGGUUGUACUAAUGACUAGACUAUAUGUAGCAAUGACUCCGCAGAAGUUUUGACUUCUAUCAAAUCAUUCGUAUUUUUUGGCUCUCCCAAACGUAUCCUUGAAGACUCGAUCAAGCGAACAGGAAUUAAGAAAUUUCAUGUAAACUUUGUAAAUGAAGCUUAAAAGCAUCAUCACGCUCUUCUCUCUGCCGGACAUCGCACAUGGGGUGACACCGAAGAGCUUCCUGGGCCGCUGAGACGUGACUUCGGGCUGGGCGUCUCAUUUCCUGUGGCCCUGCUGGCCCGGACAAGCUCAGACAAGCUGCCCUCUGAAUGACUACUGGCCGUCCAGUUGUAGGGCUUUGCCAAGCUGUCACCAUGAGCAAAUACUCCCAGUACUUCAACAAGACCCUCAUAGAGGUCCACUAUUCCUAUGCAAAGCACAUGACCAAAGAGGAAAUAAAAGACCGCACUGAGAGUAAACAAAGCCUGAGCUCCCUGAACAUUUUAUUUGUCGUUAUCUGCAGUAUCAUCAUCUUGGAAAACCUCCUAGUGCUCAUUGCCGUGUUUCGCAAUAAGAAGUUCCACUCGGCCAUGUUCUUCUUCAUCGGAAACCUGGCCUUCUCUGACCUACUGGCUGGCUCUGCUUAUAUUGCCAACAUCUUCCUGUCAGGCCCUAGGACAUUUCAUUUGGUGCCUGUCCAGUGGUUCAUACGAGAGGGGACUGCUUUCAUCGCCCUGUCCGCCUCAGUUUUCAGCCUGCUGGCUAUCGCUAUAGAGCGCUACAUUGCCAUCACCAAGGUCAAGGUUUACGGCUCCAACAAGACUUGCCGCAUGUUCCUUCUGAUCGGAGCGUGCUGGGUGAUGUCCAUCCUUCUGGGAGGUCUUCCCAUUAUCGGCUGGAACUGUAUUAAUAACCUGAACGAUUGCUCCGCUGUCCUGCCUCUCAACUCCCGAUACUACAUCCUGUUUGUCGUCACCAUCUUUAGCAUCAUCUUGCUGUCCAUUGUGAUCCUUUACGUUCGCAUCUACCUUAUUGUGCGCACCAGCCAGCAAGAGGCCACCAAUUCUCCAGCUUACGCUCUCCUGAAGACCGUAACGAUCGUGCUGGGUGUCUUCAUCAUUUGUUGGCUGCCUGCCUUCACCAUCCUUCUCCUGGACACUUCCUGUCAGAUGAAACAAUGCCCUAUCCUCAAUAGCGCCGACAUCUUCUUCAGCGUUGCCACGCUGAAUUCGGCGUUGAACCCGUUGAUCUACACGAUGCGGAGUAAGGACAUGAGGAAGGAGUUCCUCAGGGUUCUGUGCUGCUGGGGGCUGCUCAACUGUGGCAGACCUCCUCACCGCUGCAUGGUGCCACUCAAGAGCUCGAGUUCAAUGGAGCACUGCACCAACAAACACGAAAAUCAGUCGACUCCCAUCAUGCAGGACUGCACUACCUGUGUCUGAUUUUGUCUCCACAGUGCCUAGGUGUUUAAAGAUAAGUGGAGACCCCAUCUUGGAGACACCCAGACAGCAACAUAGUGUCAGCCCAGAUCCGGGCCACAUCUGGUACAUGUGGAUUCCACAUGUACCGGAUGUGGGCCAGAUCUAUGUUGCUGUCUGGGAAGGCACAGAAGACAGAAGUGUUCAGAGACCUCAUGGAUGAAAUGAGAAUCACAAUCAACGUCUUUGGACUCUUACAUUUAGAGCAGAUAUCACAGCUGUGGUACUGGACUCCCUUGUGUCCUUUGUUGCUUCUAUCCUUGCAAAGGUUUCUGACCAUCAACAGAAUAAGACCAUCACAUAUUUGACAUUUUAAGGCAUAUUAAAGAAAGCCAAAUUUAAAUGGGAAUAUGUAUUUUAGCUCUUUGACAAAACAUGAAAACAUCCAAAUUUAAGAUAUUGCACUUUGUAGACUUCUAGGCAGUUUGGGAUUGUAUACUUCUCAUAUGCUGACUAACCUACCAGAAGUCAAAUACAAGAUGUAUCCUAUCCACAAGUUAGACUACCACUCUCACGGUUCAGAGAUAUGAGUGGCCAGAUUGAAAUGUAAGGAUCGACAAUGCACUCCACAUGAGCCAAACCACCAUGCAUGCUCACAGAACCUUUCCUAUAUAUUUAUCGAAUUACUUGAUAUACAUAACACCCUUUGAUUACCGACAAUAAAAGUAUUCCGCUUCAUUGUAUUGCAUGAAAGUCUAACCUGUGUAAGAACUAAUAUGUAUGGCAAACCUAUGUACAAUUGUCAAUGUUACUUCUAUUUGUCCAUCUUGUCUAUCUAAGCUCACUGUUCCUUUCUAUUUUUUUUUUUUUUUUUUUUUUUGUAACAUUCUUAAUUUUUCCUAAGAGGAAAGCGUGAUCAGUAUAUGAUUACUGAAUUCCUGAAAUGAGUAAAUUUUGGGUCUGUUGGCAUGACAAUGUUGUAGUGUUGCUGCGGCAGCGUGUGCUUCGUUUUGUGCCCUCUUGACGAAUGGAACUGAAUAUAAGAAUGAAGUGUUACAAGCGAACAUUUUCGCUGAUCGACAGUAUUAAUGAACUUUACUGUUCUCCUGUUGAUUUUUGAGCUUGCAGCAACAAGAAUGGGCACUCACUGUGAAGUCUUAAUGACAUUUAAAGUUAAUUGAAAUUGAUAGGCUAUUGGUAAGACAUUGAUAGGACAAAUUGAGCAUGCCUCCUUUGAAGGCAUGUUUAUUCUGAAAUAUGGGGGAUGUUAGGUGUUACGCUGUCUUUUAAUUGGUCACAAGUCUUCUGAAGAAAAUUUAAACUUCCUGCAACCACAGGAAGUCCGGUGUUUCCUAUGCUUCCUCCCGUUGUUAAAGAUCGACCUUAAUGUUCUCAUAUGUUAAUGUCAUCAGCCCAACACUUUCACUCACACAAUCAUACCCAUUCACCGUUUGAUCCCAACAUGUUUUAGUUUCCUCUGUUGAACGGUUUAGUUCAGCAGAGAAAGCACUUUGGCAGCUCUUCCAGUGCUGGUCUAAUGUAUUUUGGUUUUUCUUUCUUUCUUUUUUAAUGCAUGAAGAGUUUAAGCCUGUGUGAGCAUCACUGUCACACCGUUCAAUGUAAAACAUUGCCUACCCUGUGGAACAAUGCUUGUUUUUUUUAUGAUAAAUAUAUUAAUGUAUGUAUGUAUCUAUGUACAGUAUGUAUGUAAUGUGUAUACGUGUAGAAUGUCUUGUGUGCAAUAGCCUUGUGUUUAGUAGCAAGCUACCUGUGCUAAAUCGGUACAAUCCCAAACACUAAUGUAGGUACAUACACAUUAGUUCAUUCUUUUUUUUUAGUAAAAAUAAAUUUAAGUACAAAAAA